UAGGAAUAUAAUCUUGUAAUAUCUCUGUAAAACUUCGUUUUUGGCAUGAUGACCCCCUGCUGUACAUGAGAAUGGAGUUGUGAAGCAGGGUGUUCAUUCAAGCCAAACGCCGUGGUAAGAGGUAGCGAACUACUUUAGGGAGGCUAGUGGACUUUAAGCUGCAGGGAGGUGGCAGCUUGGUUUGUCGAUGGUUAAGAUACACCUACACACCAGCCAAGUCCUGACUCAUAUUUGCUGCAUGUCACGAUUUUACCAGCAUACUGGUUUAGUUGUCAACUAGUUAGUUUUUUUUUUUUUUUUUUAUGAAAUUGACCAAAGUGUCUCUGUGUUUACAAGGUCCACACCAUAGUACCCAUUUUGGUUUCACGCAUGAUGCAAAUGUCCAGGAAUGACCAGCAGGUGCGUUAAAUCGUUUGGAUCUGAGUUAACGCCACUGUCACGCUAAGAUGUAACCACAGCUGUACCCAACAAAAUUUGAAUUGAAAACGAUGACUGGGUAAGAGGACCGCUUAUAACGCGGAACGCCCGUUUGCAUAUUAUCAGCCAGAAAACUUGAAAGGAUUUACCGCCCCCCCCCCCGCGACCCUGACUUGGACGAGCGGUUUCGGAAGACGGAUGGAUUAUAGCGCGGUGCUAAAAGUGGAUGGCGAUGCAGUUCUUUGGAAAAUGAAAGAAGAUCAAAUAGUUAAUGAUCAGUACGAUAACCAUCGCCUGAUUGUGUUUUGUUCUCAUCCUCCCCAUGUUUGUUUAGUUUGAAUUUGUGAAGCGUCUUUGUGUAUAAGAAAUACGCUCUAUAAAAAAAUCAUUAUUAAUGUUAUAUCUUUUUAUAUAAUCUAAAAACAGUGAUCACCUUCCCGUGGUAAUUAUGUUCAAUUCCUCCAUUGUACGACAAAAUUUACAUGAUCUAUGUUAAGGAGAAAAUGUGUAUUGUCACUCGGAAAGCUUUUGUUUCAGCAGUGAAAGAAUAUUACUGUGGAAUGUCAUCGCUGGAUAAUUCUACAGGGUUAUGAAACUCUUAAUAUCGAAGUGCUUUAUACCGGUACUUCGUUAUUUUAACGUUGUUUUCUGGUGUUUCCCUUUUAUCAAAUGCGAAUUCUCUGCAGUGGUAUCACUAUAUCUGGUAUUUAAUUGAAUAAACAUCAACAGCUUAAUUAAUGCGAGCAAUAAAAGAGACCUUACUGAUAAAUGAUCUUAUUAAAAAAGCAUCGAUUGCGGGUUAAUUAUUUGAGACUUUUCUGAAAAAAAGAAUCGUUGCCAGUUGUUACAACAUAUAAAUUUGGUGAUAAUUUUUACGCUGAUAAACCAGCUGAAGUGAAUGAGCCUAUUCAGUGAGACUUUUUUUAACCCCUGGUCUGACAUUCCUGUUCCGGACUGACUCGUUCUUCGGCUUUUGGAGACUGAACUCUACCGAGAUUAGCUGCAAACUCGGGUGCCUGUGGGAGGGGGGAAUCUGGAAAAAAAAAACAAUAGUUCAUGACUGGAAUAACAGGACUUUGUUGACGACGUCACUCAGAAGAAUCACCAUCCGGCUUUAGUGGGACAGUUAUAUACCCGAAAUACCAUCCAUCCGCAGCUACAUGGAACUUCUGUAGCAGGGUGACGAUGUGAUGGGGAUGGACGCGAAGAGAGUUUGCGUCGUGCGAAGCCAGUUGUAUUAUUCUCAGGCAUGAGCGUUAAUUUGUCCCCGGUCCGCAAGAACAUCGACCACCGGGGACCCUCAUGAGAUAUCAGCGGGGCUCUGCGCCCCCGGCUCCGGACCAUGACCUUCCAUCCGAGUCCCGACUCCCGGCUUCACGUCGGGCUCAAUGGAGCUCAUCAUAUCGCCCGGGGAAGCGCUCAAAACCACUACAAACCUUCUGAAGACGAGGCACUGUGGUUCCUGAGUCGUGAGGAGCGGGAGUGUAUCUUGUUCCUGGAAGAGACCAUCAACACAUUCGACGAUGAUCUGGAGGAUCGAGACCAGUUUCCACAGAGCAGCAGUCCAGCAGGGAGCCAUGGAGCCGUUGUUGAUGCUGCUGCUGCCCCUGCAGUUUCCAGCAGCCUCAAGGAGCAAGAUAUCAUUGACCUGGUCCAAGUCCAGCCUGAUCCACCUGGCCCAAGGGAGGUUCCGCAUAUUUCCAUCAUGCCAGAUUUCCGGACCAUUGGUUUGCCCCCGGAAGCUCAUACUGAGGUGAAAGUGAGGCGGGAUCAAACAGACAACCAACCCGUUGGCUCUAUUCCGACCCCAAUGGUGAUAGCCCAAAAAAUCGCAGUUCAUCAGGGCAGUGGUGCUCCAGCCACAACAUCUGUCCCCACUGGACACAGGAGGAGCCUGGAUUUCACUGGAGACUCCUCUUCAAUUCCUUUGCCUGACCAUGCAGUUAAACAGGGUCCACCAACUACAGCGAAACCAAGCCGAUAUCCAGACAAUAUCAGUGUGGCACUUCCUAGCAGGGACUACAAUCAGACCAUUGUCAAGGCCUCUGUGAAUGUCCACCAGCGUCAAGCUCAGGUGCUGGCCAACCUAACAGGAAGACCUCAUGUGUACGAACCGAUAGAAGAAAAACAGGUGAGGAAAGUCCCAAACCGGAGUAUCUCAUUCCACGAUUUGACACCGAAUAAAUCCAGGAUGGAGGCGCUGUCCAAACUAGGAUUGACUAAAGAGCGAAAACUAUCAGCAUUCAGUAGUAACAGCAACUUGCCCAGGAUAAUCAGUCCAUCUUUGUCGCAAACUAACAGCUCUUCUUGUUCAAAUAAUGCCAGUGGUACUGACAGGAAGCCUGAAGCUGUUGCCCGCUCUUCUGCACCCAAGACUCAUGUCUCUCCAAAUGAUCAUAACAUCUGUGGUGGAAAAACUGAAGUAGCGACGGCCUCCAACCAAAAAGCAGAUGCUCAUUCUCAGUGUGUGAGUAACGACGGCAAGGAGAUGGACACACCAGCUUCACUCCAGUGUAGCAGUGGUAGCUUCAACAACUACGAAGGGAAAACUAAAGUUAUAUCUUCAGUACCAAUGACGAACUCCCACCUCCCUCCCCACCAUAUCAAUAAGCAGUGCAGCAGGUCAGAUGCCCCCACCUCAUCGCUGGAUAUUGGCAAAACCAAGACCAAUGUCUCGAGUGACGUCGACAAAUACAGAGGCAACCCUGUGAAUCCAUCGAACAGUUUUAUUCAACAAAACCACAAACCCCAAGAAAUCACUUCCUCGACGUCGCCCAAAAGCACCAAGUCUUUUUCAAAUGACUCGAACAGCUACAGCAACAAAACCAAAGUCUCAAUUUCUCCACAGGCACCUUCCACCAAGCCUGCGGUCAACAUAGCCAAGUCAAACGUCACUACUGUAACCCUCAAACCAGCUGCCUCUGUCCCCAAUGUUGCUCUAAGAUCAAUGUCUUUCAGAGCAGAAUCUCAUCCUGAAGAUGUACCCAAACCCGGCCGCCAAAAUAGAACCGCGAGUUUCAGUGUGGGACAGUUGGCGUCAACAUCAUCGGAACGUCGGAGGUCCAUCUCCAAGCCACCAUUCUGGUCUCAGGGCAUCACGGUGCAGUUCUCUGGGCGUGGGCCCACUGAUGAAUCCCGCCGAGAAGCACUACGCAAGUUGGGGCUCCUCAAAGACACGUACUAAUGCUGAAGCUGAGGGGUGUAAACCUCACACUUUUUCAGGAGUGAGACAUGCAGUUUUCUGCGGGUCAAAGAAUCAGGGGAAUGGAAACCUGAAGAUUCUUGCACAUAUUUUUUACCCAGUUACCUGCCAGAACACUAAUAAUAGUUUCUGUGUGCAUUGAUUGACCUUGGUGCCAUCACUUCUGUGUCACACAGACCAAGACCCAGCAGAGAACAGAGUAUGGACAUUUAUGGCUAAUUCUUGCUCAAUGGUUGGUUGUAUAGUAUGUUAAAAGCCCAAGGUAUUAUGGAAACUUCCAUAGUGUGCCUUUCAUUGAAUGACUAACAAGUAAUCUUGUUAACAGCCAAAUCUAGACCUUCCAGAUGUUUUCUAUCUUUUCCAUUUUCAGCUCUUUUGGUUUCCCACAGAAAGGGAGCAUGCGAUUUCUUGUUUCUGUGGUCCUGUUAGAGUUAAUAAACAUCUAAUUAGGGUUCAUUCUUUAUUUCUAUAUCACUCCAACUAUUAUUUUUAAUUACUAUGACAUUAACUCACUGUCGUUAUGCUGCAAUUAUGUUGUGAUGUACUACUAUACAAAUGAAACCAUAUAACCAUUUGUAGUACAAGUACUAGAGCUGAGUAGUAUAACUGUAAUUUCCUACAUAGUAUUUAAAAAGUAUAAAGUAUUUAAUCUUCAGACAGGUGUAAUACUUAAAAAAAUGAAAUGGAUCUGAUCUCUUAGUUAACCUGCUAUGUAAAAAUGCGAGUUUUUUCCACAGGGAAUAUGGUACUGUAAGCCUGGUCAUCUGAUGCUUGUUCAUUAGCAGUGUUGUAACAUUUUUGUCUAAUUUUGUGGAUGUGUGUCUGUGUAAGAGAAUGAGCAAAGCUGUGUGUGUGUGUGUGCGCGCGCGCGAGUUCUGUGUUUCAAGUUUUUGGAAUAAUGUGAAAUGUGAUUUUUUUUUUUUUUUUUUGGCAAUUUCUGCUAGACUCCGGUUCUGUAGUUUAUCUGCAAUUUUGAAGUAAACAGCCACAUACUAGACCUGACCUCACUGCAAGAACAUGUGCUAAAAUGCACCAGUACCAGUAAUGUCGACCCCCCCCCCCCACGUUACCUUUGAAAAUACUGCAUAUCUAGUAAAGCAUUUGCAUAGUAAUGUACAAAUUACUAACAUGUUGUAGACAGAGAACUUUAAACCCUUUUCACAGACAUCACUAAAUAUGAACAUUGUACCUCGUUACAAGUAGUUUUAUGACCCAAAAGAAUAAAUGUUU